GACAAGAUAGCUAGACUUCUUGGUCUUCGGAGUUCCGCAAUCAAGCUCCGCGGCGAUUGUAAUAUUUCGCUAACCAUUUACCCAGUCCUAAUGUGUAGCAGACUCGGUCUUCCCUGGGCGUUCCAAGAAAAUCUAAGGAAGACAGUAUGAUGUGGAGCAGACUCACAAACUUCGGAGGUACUGUACCCAAAUUCUGCGCAGAACAUAAGAUCAGAAUGUUCUUGGAUUAAUCGAUUAAAGGGUAUUCGGAAUGAGUCACUUCGCAUGACAAGGCACAUACAAGCUUUUACGGUCUACCACUCCUUCGGCGUGUUUAUCACGGGCCUAAUAGUCAAUUGGGUAGCGGCGGUAUGUCAUCGAUUCAGACAAUGACCACAUCAUGAUGUCAUGGCGCACAAAAAUGUAGGAACGGAAGGCUUCGAUAGCCAACACAACAGCCAGCAUCUCUUCUUGCUAGUUUCUUCAGACUCGCAGUUGAAGCAUGGCGCUCCCUCGAAGUACCACUGUGCUAAUCGUUGGGGCAGGCCCAACUGGUCUAGCGAGCACCUUGUCUCUUGUUCACCACGGGUUCAAGGAUUUCGUCAUUGUGGAUGCUGUCGUCAAGGGGGACAACAGUUCCCGUGCCAUUGUUGUCCAUUCCGCCACCUUGGAAACUCUAGACGUGAUAGGCUGCGGAGACGAACUGGUGUCCAAAGGCACAAAGGCAACCAAGAUGAAAUUUGGCACCAGAACAGUGGAGCUGGCCCACAUUCAGUUUGAUGCACUGGAACCAUACACCCGUCAUCCCUACGCACUCAUCAUACCUCAGACAUUUACGGAGCACGUCUUGGGUGAAAAGCUCGCCAGUUUGGGUGUUACUGUACAUCGUCCCCACAAAGCCAUGGGUGUCAAGGUCAACGCAGACGAUGCCAAUCUCGCGGACGUCGUGUUCGAGGACGGACAGACUAUUACGACGAGAUAUAUCAUUGCUGCGGAUGGCGCACGUUCUACGAUUCGUACUGUUGCUGGUAUCGCAUUCGUAGACCCGAAGAGCGAUCAUGGAGACGACCCCACUACCCUUGAGCAGGCUGCUCUAGCGGAUGUCACCUUUGAUCGCCCAGACUUGGAUGAGUCCGACUUCAGAGGUAUAAUGUGCCCGAAUAAUUUCUCCCUCUGUGCCCCUCUUCCUUUCACCUUCAACGAAUAUCUCGCAAAAGAAACCCAUGAGCAUAUUGAAGGGAGAAUAUACAGGAUGGUGUGGGGGAUACCACUGGAAGAAGGGGCUGUCCCACACUCACCAUCGAAGGAGUACAUGCAGACUCUCAUUGAAAAAUUCGGACCACGUGACCUCUCGGCUGAUCCUAAAGUCAACCCCACUGGGAAAGCCGUUUGCUUGAAAGAUAUCGUCUGGUAUUCGCGCUUUCGCACCCACAGUGCCAUCGCGGACACUUUCUUCACUCGGCUUUCUUCAGGCGACUCAUCAGACGUUCGAGGGCCUGCCAUCCUACUUGUUGGUGACGCUGCCCAUAUCCAUUCUCCAGCUGGCGGGCAGGGCAUGAACCUCGGCAUUCGGGACGCGGUCUUCCUCGGAGAGGUGCUCGUGAAGCACAUUAAAGCGACGGAAUCUAUGCCUCUGUCGGAGGCCGAUUACAUUCUUGCCAAGUUCGCCGCAGAGCGGACGUGCCCGUGCGCUUGAGGUCAUCGCCUUCACAAAGACCUUGCUCUCGAUCGCCGGAGUGAAGGACGAGGUUGUCGCAUGGUGGUUCCCUGUUAAUAAGGUGACUUUGCGUGACUGGAUGUUGUGGAUGUUGGGGAAAGUGUAUUAUCUGCGAAGGGAAGCUGCGUGGAGCGUUAGUGGGCUGGGUCGUAGAUAAGGAGAGUCACGAAGUUGUGCGACUGUGGUCAUCGUGCGAAGUCGAGAUGCCUGGAACACAGAUAUCACUGUAUUAUAGGGAGUCGGAUCUGAUGCACGUGCUGUGGUUUCUUAGGAAUGUGCUGUAAAGUGCGUCGGAGGUACGAUGUGAGGG